GAAGGCUGUCAUCAUUAGCAGGAUUAAUUUCAGGCGAGACAACUUUUAAGGAGCGAAGAAAAUUAAGUGAAAAUGUUGGUGACUUGGGGAAGAUUGGCCACAGCCUGUGCCAGAAUCGGGCUCCAAAUUGGCCACCAGAAUGGGGGUCACUUCAGAGGCCUGCAGCGCAAACUGGCUCAGGUCCCCCUCCUUGACCAUGCUCGCUUCCUUCAUGCAUCCUUGGUGCGGUGCGACGAUAAGGACAACCUGAGUGACGAGUGCAAACCCGAGCCAAAGGAUGUCUGUGAGAACGAAGAGGAUGUCAAGGAAAAGGAUACUGGCGAUGAUGAAAAGUCCGGCGACGGAGUCAAGAAACUGAAGGGCAAGGGUCGUGAAGGCGUAAUUCAUGCUGUCAUCGGUCCCGUCAUCGAUGUGUACUUCCCGGACGAAAUUCCGGAGAAUCUGAAUGCUAUGGAGGUGGUUGAUGCGCCGAUCGGACGCCUGGUGGUGGAGGUCUUCCACCACCUAGGUAACAAUGUGGUGCGCUGCGUAGCCAUGGACUCCACGGAGGGUCUUAAGCGCGGCCAGAAGGUCAUCGACUCGGGCUACCCGAUCCGUGUCCCGGUGGGCAACGCCGUCCUGGGUCGCAUCCUCAACGUGGUGGGCGAUCCCAUCGACGACCGCGGGGAGAUCAAGGCGGAUAAAUACUCAUUCAUCCACAACGAGGCUCCCGAACUGGUCGACCUGACCGUCCACCCAGAGAUCCUGGUCACUGGCAUCAAAGUGAUCGACCUGCUGGCCCCCUAUGUCAAGGGCGGCAAGAUCGGUCUGUUCGGCGGCGCCGGAGUGGGUAAGACCGUGCUCAUAAUGGAGCUUAUUAACAACAUGGCCAAGUCCCACGGUGGAUACUCGGUUUUCGUGGGUGCCGGAGAGCGCACCCGCGAGGGCAACGAUCUCUACCACGAGAUGAUCGAGUCGAAUGUCAUUUCCCUGGAAGACGACUCCUCGAAGGUGGUGCUGAUAUUUGGUCAGAUGAACGAGCCGCCCGGCGCCCGAUCCCGCGUGGUGCUCACGGGACUGACCAUCGCCGAGUACUACCGGGACAUUGAUGGCCAGGAUGUGCUGCUCUUCAUCGACAAUAUCUUCCGCUUUAUUCAGGCGGGCUCAGAGGUGUCUGCCCUGCUCGGCCGCAUACCCUCGGCGGUGGGUUAUCAGCCCACUCUUGGCACCGACAUGGGUUGCAUGCAGGAGCGCAUCACCAGCACCCGCAACGGCUCCAUCACCUCCGUCCAGGCUGUCUAUGUGCCCGCCGAUGAUCUCAGCGACCCGGCGCCAACCGCCACAUUCGCUCACUUGGAUGCCACCACCGUGCUGUCGCGUCCCAUCGCCGAGUUGGGCAUUUACCCGGCUGUGGAUCCCCUGGACUCCUCCUCGCGCAUCCUCGAUCCCGACAUUGUAGGCGAGGAGCACUACAACGUGGCCAGAGCGGUGCAAAAGACACUGCAGGCCUACAAGUCGCUGCAGGACAUCAUCGCCAUCCUGGGCAUGGACGAGUUGUCUGAGGAAGAUAAGCUGACGGUGGCCAGGGCCCGGAAGAUGCAGCGCUUCCUCUCGCAGCCGUUCCAAGUGGCCGAGGUCUUCACCGGGCAUCCCGGUAAGUUGGUGCCUGUAGAGAAGACAGUCGAAGGCUUCAAGCGGCUCCUGAACGGGGAGUACGACGAUAUCCCAGAGAUCGCCUUCUACAUGGUGGGCGACGCUGAGGAAGUGCUGGCCAAGGCCACUCAACUGGCCUCCUCCAUGCAGCCGGAUGCAGCUUCUAAGGCGCCGAAAGGAAAGGAGGGAGAGGCCAAGAAGGAUGAUAAAAAGAAGGAAGGGAAGGAGGAGGAGCAACCGAAAGGAGAUGCUAAAAUAGAGGAGAAAGGAGAAGCCAAGGAAGAAGACAAAAAGGAUGACAAAGACAAGCCCAAAGAGGACUAGUGAUUCAAUGGAUAACAGCAUCGAACACUGGAAAAUGGGACAUUUUCUGUUACUAUUGCCUUUUCUCACUAGUAAUUAUUAACAUUAAUUAUAAUUUAUAAAUAAUACAAAUAUUUUAAUAUUAAAAAUAAAUUCA